UGAAAGUAAAUGUUUGACAUUGCUUAUAAGAGCCGAGUCGCCAUUACAGAGACGUAUCCCGAUCAACUGGAAUAAUCAUAUUUCUGAUUUAAUUUGACUUUAUAUUUGACUUAAUUUUAGUCAUAUAAAGUGGUGGUUGUUCUAGUGACGCUUGCAUUAUUCGUUUUGUGUUUGUUUUGAAAAUCAUAGUAAACUAGGAUACUGAAAGAAGAUGGCAGAGAGUUACCUGGAUAGUUACCUGUGCUGCCAUAUUUGUUCAGAGACUUUCAGAGAGCCUGUUUCUCUGGGCUGCCACCACAGCUUCUGUUCCAGCUGUCUGGACAAAUUCUGGGAUCAGACCAAAAACAAGAACUGUCCGGUAUGUAAGAGGAAAUCUUCUAAGGAUCAUCCAAAUGUUAACUUUCAGUUGAAGGAACUGUCUGAUAAAUAUACCGGGAGAGAGAAAGCAGGGGAGAAAGACUGUGUUCCAGAUGAAGACAGAGAAGUGGUUUGUACUAAACACACAGAUGAACCUAAAUGGUUCUGUGAAGUGGAACAGAGAGCUGUGUGUCACGUCUGUGAGUUUCCUUCACAUCACGGACACACUGUCAUUCCCUUAGAACAGGCAGUGAAAGACCUGAAGGAAAAACUAACCUCAGAAUUAGACUCACUGCAGAGCAAACAGGUUAAAUGCAAAGACAUAAAGAAGACAUACAACAAAAUGUGUCAAUACUCCAAGAAGCAGCUGGUAUCCACAGAGAGACAGAUCAGAGGGGAGUUUGAGAAGCUUCACCAGUUCCUGAGAGAGGAAGAGGAGGCCAGACUGGCAGCACUGAGGGAGGAAGAGGAGGAGAAGGGGAAGAUGAUUGCCAGAGAGAUGAAGAACAUUCAGGACCAGAUCUCUUCUCUCACAGAAAGUAUCACUGCUGUGAAACAGGAACUCAAGAAACAGGGAGUGCCAUUUCUCAAGAAAUACAAACACACCCAGACAUUCUCCAGAGCCCAGUACACACUGCCGGAUCCACAGCUGGUCUCAGGAGCACUGAUAGACGUGGCCAAACACCUGGGCAACCUGCAGUUCAGAGUCUGGGAGAAGAUGCAGGGGAUUGUCAAAUACACUCCUGUGAUUCUGGACCCCAACACUGCAAACGACUGGCUGUCUCUGUCUGAUGAUCUGACCAGUGUGAGUCAGACAGACCUAACACAUCAGCUCCCUGACAACCCAGAGAGGAACAUCAUUUACAUCACAGUUCUGGGCUCUGAGGGGUUCAGCUCAGGAAAACACAGCUGGGAGGUGGAGGUGGGGGACCAUCCUCACUGGUAUAUGGGCGUGGCCAAAGAGACAAUCAAAAGGCAGGAGAAACUACAAUAUUUUAACCCAGAUUUUGGAGCCUGGCUUUUAAUGCUGACGAGUGGUAAGUAUCAAAUUAAUGGUGGGAGUCUCACACUGAAGAAGAGACCCCAGAGGAUCAGAGUACAGCUGGACUAUGACAGGGGAGAGGUGUCCUUCUACGACCCCAAAGACAUGACACACAUCUAUACUUUCAGAGAUACAUUUACUGAGAGACUCUACCCAUACUUCUUUAUUGGAAAUGGUGGUGAUGCUGGCAACACUGAUAUACAGAUCUGCCAAUCAGAAGUGUCUCUAACAGUGAAGUCAUUCCAGUGAGGUGUGUGUGUGUGUGUGUGUGUGUGUGUGUGUGUGUGUGUGUGUGUGUGUGUGUGUGUGUGUGUGUGUGUGUGUGUGUGUGUGUGUGUGUGUGUGUGUGUGUGUGUGUGUGUUUGUGUUUGUGGGAGAGAGAGAUUAGUGAUUUGACUUCUAAUGAAUAUUAAUCACUUUGAUAAGGUGACUGUUAAUUAUAAAAUGUGCUUUUGUUUUGAGUAAUAUACACUCUGCACAUCUAUACCCAGAGAAUCAGAGUGAUGUCGUUAGGUUGCGACUCAUCUAUACCCAGAGAAUCAGAGUGAUGUCGUUAGGUUGUGACUCAUCUAUACCCAGAGAAUCAGAGUGAUGUCAUUAGGUUGCGACUCAUCUAUACCCAGAGAAUCAGAGUGAUGUCGUUAGGUUGUGACUCAGCUGUCAUGCUGUGUUUAUUGUACUGCUGGGUUUCUGUCGUCUGACUGUUUUCUAUGGGGAUUCAUGCAGUGAUAAAGGUCUGUUUAAUAAUUAUACUGAAUCAUGACUUAAGAGGACAAAAGUCAAUUAUACCCUUAGUAUAUAAGUUUAACUAUCAGACAGUAAUAUAAUGUGUGUUUAUAGUCAGAUGAUGUCAUGUGUAUCUGAGAGAGGAGCUGAGAGAUCUGUGUUUGUAAAAGUGCUCUCUCCUGUUCUGGGCAUAUGAUUUUCUUUCAUAUAUUAAAGUGCUCUCUCCUGUUCUGGGCAUAUGAUUUUCUUUCAUAUAUUAAAGUGCUCUCUCCUGUUCUGGGCAUAUGAUUUUCUUUCAUAUAUUAAAGUGCUCUCUCCUGUUCUGGGCAUAUGAUUUUCUUUCAUAUAUUAAAGUGCUCUCUCCUGUUCUGGGCAUAUGAUUUUCUUUCAUAUAUUAAAGUUAUCUCUCCUG